CAAGAAUACCCUCCUGGGGCCAAGAUGGAGGCGGUGCCUGACCUGGAGCAGCGCCAGAGGCCUGAUGGCGUAGCCUGACCUGCAUCCUUCCUUAAACCUAGGGGGAUGAGAAGAGGCGUGUGUGGGAACACUCACCAACACCCGUGGUAGCCGAGGGCUGCAGGCCAGGCAGUCUGAGCGUCUGAACGUUGGGAGGUAGAGAGGGCAGGUGAGACACGGUGGGUGCACCAGGGGUCCUGGGGAGCAGUUAGGGGUCUUGGCUUAGCUACACAUGUGGCCGUAUGGGUCCAUCUUAAACAUGGUGCUUAGUGGCGAAUGUAAGAAGUUGAAUGAGAUCUAUAACACAAUCCCAUUUCUGUAAAUUUAAAACAUGUACACAAAACAAAUCACUUUGUAAGAACACAUAGAAGCGAAGAGUUACAUACAGGCAUUACAGUUGCCCAUGGGAGGAGUGAGUGGGAUAUCGGGUUGAGUAGAAACUAAAUAAAUAGAUAAAAACGAGCUUGGUCGCUGUAAGGUGAGGGAUUAUCUUGGUGUAGAAACGGAACGUGGAGGGAAGCUGUCGUAGGGCAGCGCCGUGAGAGGUGCUCAGCUUCACUGUACGGAGGAAAACGUCUGGAGCAUCUCUCCUAAAUCGCUUCUCCAGUCUCCUGCCUGCGAGUUUUUGCAUUAGAGAUACCCCCUGUCCCAUCCUUGACUAUUCUUACCUCCCAGUGAGUGCUUUAACGUGACCAGCCUUUGCCUCGCAUCAUGGGGAGAAAAAGUACAAGAUAGGGUCCUGUUUCUCCAGCAAAGUUAGGUUCUUCUUGAGGCAGGGAAAUGAUUGUCUUAAUCCAUCAGACUAGUGUCAUAAUGGCUAAUGUUUACUGAGCACUCAUGUGCUAGUCACUGUUUUAAGUUCUUCACAUAAAAAUGAACUUAAUCCUCACAAGACCCUAUGUGGUGGGUAUGAUUAUUACCCCAUUUCACACGUGAGGUGCGGGAAGAGACCUGAAAGGUGACGUAGAAGCAGAGGUGACGUGGAAGCAGAGGUGACGUAGAAGCAGAGGUGACGUAGAAGCACAGGUGACGUAGAAGCAGAGGUGAUGUAGAAGCAGAGGUGACGUAGAAGCAGAGCUGGCUGUGAACCAGGCCGUCUUGCCUCAGUGCUCGCGCACUGCACCACGGGCUCUGUUGCUUCUGGUUGACCACGAUUAAGUACCUCGUGUCUGGGUUGGAUUCUAAGUCCUUGUUGCCCAAAGUGUGGUCUCUGCACCAGCAGCACUGGCACCCCCUGGGAGCUUGGUAGAAAGUCAGGCUCUGAGACUCACUGAAUCAGAAUCUGCAUUUUUAACAGGAUCUCCAGGUCAUGCUCUGCACACACAAUACACUGUUUCAAGUGAUACAAAAAAUCUUGCCUGCUUCAACUGUCCUUCAUUGAAAGUCUGCUCUGCUGGGUGAUGAGAAGGAAACAGACUGUGCAACUGCCUGAAGGACAGGGAUGAUCAAGUGAGAUUAAAUCAACAUACAGUGAAGAGUGAAAUGCCAAACAUCAAGAGACUGAUCUGUCCAAUCUUCUUCCUAUUCCGCCAGGCUCCAGAGAGGGACAAGCAAACAGGGGAUGAAAGGCCUUCGACGCCUUCUCCAUCACCCCAGCUGGCUGCUGAGAAGAGCUCAUACCUCUACUCCACGGAGAUCACGCUGUGGACCGUGGUGGCCGCCAUCCAGGCCUUGGAGAAGAAGGUGGAUUCCUGCCUGGCCCGCCUGCUGACUCUGGAGGGCCGGACGGGGACGGCCGAGAAGAAGCUGGCCGACUGCGAGAAGACGGCCGUGGAGCUGGGGAACCAGCUGGAGGGCAAGUGGGCCGUGCUGGGGACCCUGCUGCAGGAGUACGGGCUGCUGCAGAGGCGGCUGGAGAACGUGGAGAACCUGCUGAGGAACAGGAACUUCUGGAUCCUGCGGCUGCCGCCGGGCAGCAAGGGCGAGGCCCCCAAGGUGCCCGUGACCUUUGAUGAUGUGGCCGUGUAUUUCUCUGAGCCGGAGUGGGGCAAGCUGGAUGAGUGGCAGAAGGAGCUGUACAAGCACGUGAUGCGGGGCAACUACGAGACGCUGGUCUCCCUGGAUUAUGCCAUCUCCAAACCAGACAUCCUCACCCGGAUGGAGAGGGGAGAGGAGCCUUGCCCGCAAGGCCCGAGGGGCCGGGAGGAGGCGAGUGACAGAGAGGACACGUGCCCAAGGAGGCUGGGCGCUGGCCUUCCUCCAUACCCAGAGCACAUCUCCAGCCCAGUCAGCCCUGCCCAGAAGGAGCCAAAAGAAGGUCAGGCCUCCAAGCACCAGCAAGACUCAGAAACAAGAGUAACCCCACCUGAAACGAGCACCGGACCGCUAGCCAGCACUAGCGUUUUGUCCUCAGUUAAACGGGAGGAAGAAUCUUCAGAUGGGGAGUCACCCACCUCCCCUCCCAGGGACAUCCUGCCCGGCAUGGGGCCAGGUGGUGGCGGCAUGAUCAUCAAGACGGAAGCACAAUCUGAGGACGAGAUGAUGCCUGAGCAGCUGUCCCUGGGGGAGUCCCCGAGCCAGCCAGAGUGUAGACUCCCCAAAGGGCCCAGGAGCAGGACCGGGGCUUCCGGCCGGCCUCACUCGGGGGCAGUGCCCAGGGCGCGGGCAGGGGACCCUCUGCCACCGGGGGCACCGGGGCCGGGGGGCGAGCCGCCUCGCAUCCUCCCCCGCCGGCGAGAGCGGGCCUUCCCCUGCCCUGACUGCGGACAGAGCUUCCGCUUGAAGAUCAACCUGACCAUUCACCAGCGGACCCACGCGGAGGAGGAGCAGCAGCGCGGCGAGGCCCGGGGCGGCUCGGCCUCCGGGGCCGGGGCACGUGCCCACUCCGCGCUGGAGCCGGGGGAGGUGGUGGUGCCCGGCCCCGUCAUCCGCUGGCUCCCAGAGGGGCCCGAGGGCCGCCGCUGCUUCGUGGGGCGGAGGCCGGCGGCCGCCAAGGUGUACCACUGCAGCGAGUGCCUGCGCUUCUUCCAGCAGCGGAAGAGCCUGCUGCUGCACCAGCGCCUGCACACAGGCGACAGCCAGGGCUGGCCCGCCUGCCCCUACUGCGGCAAGGCCUUCCGCCGGCCCUCGGACCUCUUCCGGCACCAGCGCAUCCACACGGGCGAGCGGCCCUACCCGUGCCCGGAGUGCGGCCGCGCCUUCAACCGCAACCACCACCUGGCGGUCCACAUGCAGACGCACGCGCGCGGCCAGGGCGGCCCGCACGUUCCGGUCACCCCCGCCCGCCUGGGCAGCCCGCUGCUGGCACGGCCCAGCCACUCCGAGGAGGGCUGACCGGGCAGCAGCCUGCGGGGCACCCCCUGCAGGACCACCUCUCCACCGGCGGAGCCUUUCCACUUGUGCCUGAUGCUGGUUCCUCCUUCUGGGAUGGCUUUGGAGAGAUCUUUUUUCCCUUCAUUCAAAUGGGAAGCAGUGGCCUUUUUGAUGACAGAGUGUAUGCGUGCCAGAUGCCUCAGUUUCCUAAGUUUGUCACUCUGCUGCCUUUUCUACAUUCCUGACUUAUACAGGAGCCACUAAGGCUUAGAGGAUGCCAAGCUUUGGUGGGGGCCUUUGACGGGUACCAUGGACAGGCAACAGGACCAGAGGCCAUGGCCUUUCUAGUAGGUGGUGUUCGAGACACGGAGAGCCUGGGGUUUGACUUUAUACACAGAGGUCUUGGUCUUCUGUCAACACGAGAAACAGCAGAGUGGACAGCCUGAAGAAUAGGCACUGGAAAUUUGAGUUUCCUACUGUUAUUUUGAAACUUUUUUAUGGAGAUUUUCUAAGUGCUUCUGUAAGUAUUGUGUGUGGUUGUAAAGGGGACCAAGAACUCCUGAGGGGCAGGGAUUAUUCUGCCACCUCCUUAUGUGUGGGGAUGGCAGAGGGACUGUCCAGACCAGCCUGGGAAUGCCUGUUGAUGGGGAUGCCUUGGCUGCUGCCCUGGAAACCAGGUGUCUUCCCAGGUGUGUGUUCCUUGGCCUAGACUGAUUCCCAGUAUUCCUGGUCCUUUCCGCAGUGGGUGUUCACAUCCAUGAUUGCCUUUGGUAAUCAGCUGAGAGCGGGGAACUGCAGCCUGGAGUGGAUGACAUUUCCCCCAGGGUCUCAGUGUUCACGGGUGUGCGCGCUCCAUGGACUGGACCCCACCCCGACACCUGGGGGCGUGGGGGAGGUCAGGUGCAGAGCGGGCCCAGGAAGUUCCUCCCGAGAGGAAGAUCCUGGUCUGAGUGAGGCUGGUCAGCCCACAUGGACUGUGGGGUUGCCAGGCCUGAUUUGUCACAUUAAAGGAGAGGGUUGUCUUCUAGAACUUGGGGCUCAUGGCAGAGUUAGGCCAGGAGAUCUAGGUGAAUCUUUUAACCACCUCCAUCCUCGUGUUACUUGUUUGUCGAAGGUGGUAAUGACCCCAGUGCAUCCUACCUCACCUUAGAGUUGUCAGGGUCAUAAUAGAUUUAGAGGCAGCCGGACAAAUAGGAAGCCUGAUUUCGACCUUCCUUUCAAGUUCAGGGCCCCCUUUCUCUUUCAUGUUGAUCUCCAGCCCUCUUCCCAGUCAGAAUCACUCAAGAAGGACCUUUAUUUUCUGGAGUGAGUGGAAGGUCCCAUGGGUGCAGUGAGGUAAGACUUUCCCUUUGGGCUAUAUCCCCCAGGAGCCUUUUGUACCUCAGUGGAACAAAUUCUCACCAAAGCAAUGAGGUUCAAACUGUGGAGGUUCGGGCAAUAGCAUUGGGCCCCAUGGAGAAGUCUUGAUGGCAGCUAGCUUCUUGUGCCUCUUAAAUCACACCACUUUGGGUGCUCCCUAUAGGCCAGCCCUUGGUCUGGGUGAUUUUGAAGCUGGAGUGAUGGGUCCUCAGCACUUCUGAUUGUUGUCUUAUUUAUCUGGCACUAUGUGAAGUGUCCAGUGUUCAGGCCUGCUUCCAGGUGCCUGGGUCCCUGGCUGUGCCACUUCAUCUUGCCCCCCUCUGACCCUCGUACCUCUCCUAAAGUCCUGAACAGGGUUGGGGGCAGAUGGAAACAUUGCUGUCAUCUCUGGGGCAAGAGUAUACACGUCAGUGACCGCUCAGCCAAGCUCCUCUGGGCUUGGGAGAGGUGCCACCCUUCCCUGCCAUAGAUUGUGUUUGUCUGCUCUGGUAUCCCCCAGCCCUUGCCAGGGCCCCACAGUCAGGGCUGGGCUGUCAGCAAGUGCUCAGACAGGAUGUGGUGCUAGUGAAGCUGCUGAGAGCUUAGCCCUCAGCUGCAAGAGCUAGUCUCAGGUGUUUCCUUGGAAGGCCUCAGGGCUCAGAGUUUCCAGGCUUUUCUAAUGCUUAAUGCCCUGUGUAAAUACACAAACUCUAACAGAAGCAGCAAUCACUGUGCAGUGGUGUUCCUCUUCUUCCAAAGCAUUCAAUGUGCCAGGCUCCCGGCUAGGCCCUGUGAGUUUGCCUGGCACUCAAUAGGUGUUCAAAGCACAUUCUUUACUCUAAAAUGAGUCAGCGGAGGCUGCGUGACCUGGGAGGAUGGAGCCUGGUUUGACCCCAGACUCACUCCCAGCUCUGGGUCUCGGGUUCCUCAUUUGUAAAGCAAAGUUGGGGUUCUGGUGUUAAAGGCCCUUAAGAACUGUGAGGGUGGUGGAACCUUGGUGGCCC